AUGUCGGGUCUGUAUCCGAUCGCGCUGGGUACAGCCACGUAUCUCGGCUACUCGGGCUACCGCAAAGGGUCUCUAUCGCUGGAUGGAGCAAUCAGCGCAUCUGUGGUCGGGUACGCCUCGAUGGCGAGCCCGUUCGUUGGAUACGGAUUGACGCUGAUCACGUUCUACCUUGCUGGAUCGAAAGCGACCAAGUUCAAAGCGCAGAUCAAGGAGCAGCUUGAAAGUCAUGCUAGCGAUGCGCGCCGUGCGCCGGAUCAGCGAGCUAGCAGGGAUACGUCGUCAGGGAAUCGAUCGGCUGUGCAGGUGUUGUGUAACAGCGCAACUGCGGUGGUUGCGUGUGUUGCAUUCCGAGUGCUGAACCGUGCAAACGACAAGGUAGAUCCACUGUCGACGGCAAGCCUGACAGCGCUCGAGGUGGGGGUGCACACGUGCAACGUGACCAACUUGGCAUUGACACUGAUCGUAGCUGGACACUAUGCCGCAUGUAUGGGCGAUACGCUAGCGUCGGAGCUCGGGAUCCUCUCGAAACACCCACCCCGGCUGGUCACCAACCCGCUCCGAAAAGUACCCAAGGGAACCAACGGCGCAAUCUCCCCCCUCGGCCUAGCCGUCUCUGCGCUCGGUGGAACCCUGAUCGGCUUGGUCACCUCAGCCUCACUCCUGAUCCACCAACACUGGCAUCGCUCGCGCUCGCUUUACGCUUUCAACGUACACGCCAAACUCAUCGCCUUGCUCACAGCUGCAGGACUCACAGGCUCGCUCAUCGACAGCCUCCUCGGUGCCACCCUCCAACAAACGCUGUACAAUCGAGCCACCAACAAAGUGCUCGUCGGUCGUGUCACCAACCUACUCGAUCCCAAAAAACAAGACCACCCCAACGCUCAAUGCGACGUCGUCACAGGCUGGAAUCUGCUCGAUAACAAUGCCGUCAACUUGGUCGCUUCCGCCACCACUGCGUUGGCAACUGCUUGGAUCGGAUGCAGCUUCUUCUAG